AUGUAUGUUUUAUUCAUCAUUUCUGCCUCAGAGACAGGAUUACCACAAUACUUCAGGAGUGCAACUAUCCGCAGGACAGCGGAAUUACUUCUCAAAAGUCUUUUUCUCACAAAAAACUUUUAUUCUCUGUAUCUCUCUCUUUCUUAUUGCGAAGAUGAUAGAUUUGUUUUGGAGUUCGUGAACAAAACAGCUUCAAAUUCUUUAUUCAUGUUCCUCUUCUGUAACUUCAUCAUCAUCUUAAUCAUACUGGGCAACUCUAAAUCGGGUUCCGAAGACGUGUCAAACUCCAGUGCGCAGCAAUCCAUGUUGAUAUCGAGUCUUUCUUCCAAAUCCGAUUUUGAGAAAUCCAAGCUUAGUCUCACCUCGAAGUCCCGUUCACAAGAAUACGAGCUUAUGUCUGAGUCGUUUCUCUCCUCCAAACACACCGGUUCUGAUCAAUCGUUGACCUGCAAAUCUGGUUUGCGAAUAAUGUCUUCUAGGUUGCAACUCGGUUCAGACUUUUCAGAGAAGGACGAGAAGGGAUAA